GGUCGGAGGACAGAGCUCUCCGGAGCUGCACGCACACAAUGGACUAAAACUCCCAGAGAUCAACACGAUCAGCUGUGAAACCCUCCGCUGCAAACAAGCGAUUUCCAUUGAGUUUCUUCUUGUAGUCUGUGGACGUUCAGCUCUCGUCAGAUCCCCAGGUAUGAUUCAGAGGAAGGAGGUGGUGUUGUCUGUUCUGGGGGAGCUCCAGGAGGCCACAGAGAGCUCCGGCCUGGACGCUCUGACCCGAGUGGCCCUGGAGGUGGACCAGAUCCUCGCUCCUUACCAGCUCCCCGAGACCCCCUGUCAGGAUUUUCCCGAGUGGGCAGGCGUGGAUAACUUGGCUCAUGGCCUGUACCCACCCGACGCACCCAUUGGCCUCCUGCCUUUAAACUGUAAGGGGGAGGGCAACCGUCUGUUUGACGCAGUAAGCACGCUGUUAGUGGGCAACGCUGGACUUAGCUUAGAGCUACAGGUCCGGACAGUAGUGGAAAUGGUGCUGUGGAAGAGAUACUAUCUGUCUGGAAUGAUCGAUUCAAAAAUGAUGCUUCAGGCUGUUCGCUUCAGCCUCUGUGCCGAAGAGUCUGAGGACAUGCUCAACCUGCCUGUAACCAUCCUGGAGGCCAUCUUCGACGCCGACGUCAAAGCGUCCUGCUUCCCCGGCUCCUAUGCCAACAUGUGGCACGUGUACGCACUUUCGUCUGUCUUACAGUUUAAUAUCUACUCCAUCUAUCCCAAGUUCAACCUUAAGAUCCGGCCCUAUUUUAACCGCGUCAUACGCCCAAGACCGUGGCCUAAAGACAGUGAUCCGUUAACCCUUCACAUCAUGUGGUCUGGAGAGCUGCAGUCUGGGUCGUUGUUCAGGCCGAACCACUUUGUGGCACUAGUCCAGACAAGUGACCUCACGUUUGGAAGCCCUGACAGCCAGCAGAGGGUGUCGCCGAUGAAGAGCGAGGACCUGCUGAAUCAGGACUUGCAGCUUUCCUACCCGGGUCUAAAGGACAAAUACAACAUCACCAAGAGGACCUUCUACCGCUGGAAGAGGCAGACGCAGGAGCACUGCAAAAAGUCAGCAGCCAGGUACGAGGCAAAAUAUUUCCUGCAGGCCUGCUAUUUGGAGGGCAAGCUCAUCCCUCUGCACCAGUUUAAAGAGUUUUUCCCUGAGAUCUCAAGGUCGUCGUACUACAACUGGAAGCAAGAGCUCCUGAAAACCGGAGGAAACUUCUCCACCUCAUCAUCCGCUGGAGAGAUUAGUCCUGGAGAGAGCACGGAGCAGGACACCUGGUCCUCGCCUGAAGCGAAGCUGGAUGAGCCAGACCACAAUGACAGCGUGGCCAGCAUGUUUGGCAUCAGCCUGGGCAAGUUGGACCUGGAGCGGGCCCAGACUGUAGCUCACAUGCAGGAAGCUAAGCGCUGUCUGCAAAAUUGCAUUGCCAUGAACGCCUCCCUCCCCUUCAGGGUCUUCAAAAGAAAUUUCCCGGGGAUCUCCAGAUCAACCUACUACAACUGGAGGAGAGAAGCCAUGCUGUUCAACGGCGGCUACAAAGGCAACAUCGGCAGCAGUGAGGACAGCUCGGACGCUGACAAGAGCCACAGUCCAAAAACUCUGUCCCCGGUCCUGCUUCACACCAACCAGCCCUUCGCACCCAAAAGUAGAAUCUGUGGGCAAAAACACAAAAGUUUCAUGCUGGCGUACAUCAGUAAAAAACAGCUCCGAGAUGCUGCGAAACUACAUGUCCAGAAGUACAAAUGGUCCCUGACGAAGUUCAAGCUCAAGUUCCCAACCAUGUCCGCCUGUUUCUUCUGGCUUUGGCGUAGCAGUCAGAACCGCAAGAAGAAGAUCGUCACGCAGAGCGCAAAGAUCAACCUUCCCGAGAGUCUGGAGAGCACUGCUCCGGAAAACAAGAUCAUGGAGAGGAGGAUGGGUAGUCAGCAUGUGCUCCCAUUUGUUGAGAGUCCUAAACAUCUAGAAAGCUCCCCCAUUCCCCCGUUUCCUGCCCCACGUCCAAAGCACACCCCUAACAGCAAGGCGCCCAUAGAUGAGCAGAUGUUUGCGAUGGAUGUUGUGGCUCUGGCCAACUUCAAGGCCAAGGCCAAGCUGUUCCUGCAGCAACGCUUUGAGGAGAAAGCCUUCCCCACGUUUAAAGAAUUCAGGUCUUACUUCCCCUUCACGCCACGCUCCACGUACUACAUGUGGAAGCGAGCUUUGCAUCAUGGGGUGUCACUGGUUCAUGGGUAAAUUACCACUGCUUUUAGCUAA